UUUGUGCUUUGUUCAUUUCUUCAUUUCUCAGGUUUUGGAAUAAAUAUCCACCAUGAGCCAAGGAGGUUGGAUAGGAACAUGGAGGCCUCAUCGUCCAAGAGGCCCAAUCAUGGCCCAGUAUACCAGUCCUGGCCCCAAGUACUCCAUACAAGGAGCAACAGGUUAUGUAUCGCACAUUCCCACCAAAAGGAAAGCGCCUGCCUACAGUAUGUAUGGUGCAAAGCCCCCAUCUAGCAAGGACAAUGUUCCUGGUCCUUACUUUGUGCAGGGUACUGUGACUAAUAGAGGGAAGAAGACUGGUCCCUCUUAUUCAUUAAGUGGGCGAACUGAAACAAAAGUGGAGACUACCCCUGGUCCUGCCUGUUACUCACCUGAUAAGGCAAAGAAGGUUAUCUAUAAAGCUUCCCCCAUGCAUUCCAUGGGAUAUCGAACUCAUGGAGGAAAGGUGGAUAGCACACCAGGUCCUAACAAUUAUAUGAUUCCAGAGGUCCUUGGACCACACUCAGUGGCUACCUCAGGCAGCCCUUCCUAUUCUAUGACAGGAAAGAAUAAGCUUGGACGUUUUGAUGAAGACCUUCACAAGACCCCAGGUCCAGCAGCAUAUCACAAGCCCAGUGUAGAGAUCUACAAAAAGAGUGCACCAAAAUAUACCAUGGCAGGCCGACUCAAAGAUCAGAAGACUGACAAAAUGCCUGGACCUGCAGAGUAUGAACUGGGAAAGGUAUCUUGUGCUCCUGUAAUCAGUUUUGGAAUCAGACAUUCCGAUUAUACAACCCCUGUGAUUGUGGACGUUUACUGACUUUGUCCUCUGUGCAGAAAUCACAUUGGUUUUUCAACUUGUUUUUGUAUCAUGUUGCUCACGUUUCAAGCUACCUAUUUUUAAAGCUUCAAAACCAACUAACAACUGUUUCACCAUGUUUUAUAACCACCUGUCUGGAAGGACUAUCACAAAUAUUCAGUAACCAGUUAUCGUUUUGAGACUGAUGUUCUAAUCUCUCUGACAAAAAGAAUGUGCCACAGCCAUCUCUUGUGAUGAAGAGAGCCCAUUGCAAAUUUUGCCCUGCUGAAUAUAUGCCUAUAUUCUUGACACUAAUAUAGAGACCAUGGUGUCAUUUUCCAGAAAUUGGAAUUAGAAAUAUUUUAUAUUAUAUAUUUUUUUCUAAAAACCUAC